CCAUGAUCGUGGCUCGUGACUUGCCGCCCGACCGCUUCCCCUAGAAAGAAAUCCUUGGGAAAAAAAGUUGCAUUAAAAAAAGAAAAGAAAAGAAAAUCCUUAAGCUCUGACCUUUGGGGCCGUGGAGGCCGAAGAAGCGUCUGUGCAAGUGCAAGCAAGAAAGCCAAAGGUGUGUGUGCAUGGGGGGCGCACUGUGCUGAGGCUCUGGUCGCCGCCCCCCUCCGCCCCUGCACCCCCCGCCCCCGGGACCCUGGGGCUGCGAUGAGCCCCUGCGGGCGGGCCCGGCGGCACUCGUCCCGAGGGGCCAUGGCUGUCCUGGCGUGCAAGUUCCCGCGGACCCGGCUGCCCGUGGGAGCCAGUGCCCUCUGCGUCGUGGUCCUCUGCUGGCUCUACAUCUUCCCGGUCUACCGGCUGCCCAACGAGAAGGAGAUCGUGCAGGCGGUGCUGCAGCAGGGCACGGCGUGGAGGAGGAACCAGACAGCGGCCAGACUUUUCAGGAAACAGAUGGAAGACUGCUGUGACCCCGCCCAUCUCUUCGCUAUGACUAAAAUGAAUUCCCCCAUGGGGACGAGCAUGUGGUAUGAUGGGGAAUUUUUAUACUCCUUCACCGUCGACAAUUCAACUUAUUCUCUCUUCCCCCAGGCAACCCCAUUCCAGCUGCCCUUGAAGAAAUGUGCGGUGGUGGGAAAUGGUGGGAUUCUGAAGAAGAGUGGCUGUGGCCGUCAAAUAGAUGAAGCAAAUUUUGUCAUGCGAUGCAAUCUUCCUCCCUUGUCAAGUGAAUACACUAAAGAUGUUGGAUCCAAAAGUCAUCUAGUGACAGCUAACCCCAGCAUAAUUCGGCAAAGGUUUCAGAACCUGCUGUGGUCCAGAAAGACAUUUGUGGACAACAUGAAAAUUUAUAACCACAGCUACAUCUAUAUGCCUGCUUUUUCUAUGAAGACAGGAACAGAGCCUUCCCUCCGGGUUUAUUAUACACUGUCAGAUGUCGGUGCCAAUCAAACAGUGCUCUUUGCUAACCCAAACUUUCUGCGUAGCAUUGGAAAGUUCUGGAAAAGUAGGGGAAUUCAUGCCAAACGCCUGUCCACCGGACUCUUUCUGGUGUGCAAGCUGUUUUUUCAAGAGCAAAUCUGCAGAGGCUAGAGGUAAGAGGCAAAGAGAAAAAUUCAAUUCCUCUCCUUUCUCUAACAGUAUAUAGGCUGACUACCAGUCGAUGGAUACAUUUAUUCUGUAAAAGGGUUUUUAGCUUAGAAUAUGAAAUGAAAUCACCCUUGAAGUGUACAUGGAAAUACUUCUUUAUAAUGAAGCCACAGUCUGCUGGCAGGAGGUGUAGGGAAAAUCAGUACUCUUCAUUCCAUCUUUCUCACGUAAAAUAGAGCAGGUAAGAAAAAAACUUUAAUUGGUACUUUUUAUAGUCAGACUUAAAAAACACACACACACAGUACCUAUCUCUUUUGGUUCUGCUUUAGCUAUUUCUUUCCACAGACUCUAAAGCAAUGUCAUAGGAGGAGGUUUGCUGUAAAAACAUGUCUUUUCCUUUGGUGUAUUCAUUAUAAUUAUGGCUGGUAGUGAGAAGGUUCACUAAGACUCAAUUUCUCUACCUCCCUUACUUGGAGAAAAUCUGGAAAUGUAAUCUGUGAAUAAAAUAUUUUUUAAAAUA